CACACUGAACUACUGGAGAAAAUGUUUCACAUGUUUGUUUUAUUCUGUUUGUGCUGGUGGAGUCUGACUGGUGUGUUUGGUGAUUCAGUGUCAGUGAUGGAGGGAGAAUCUGUCACUCUAAACACUAAUGUUACUGAAAUACAUGAAGACGACGAUAUACUGUGGAAAUAUGGAGCUGAAAACUCUCUGAUAGCUAAAAUCAGCAUUGAGACACGAGUCUUCUCCACAUAUGAUGAUGUUCCUGAUGGGAGAUUCAGAGACAGACUGAAGCUGGACGAUCAAACUGGAUCUCUGACCAUCAUGAACACCACAACUGAACAUGCUGGAGAUUAUCAACUACUGAUAACUGGAGCGAAACGAUCAUCAAAAACAUUCAGUGUUUCUGUCUAUGCUCGUCUGCCUGUUCCUGUCAUCAUCAGUAACUCUUCACAAUGUUCUUCAAAUUGUUCAUUGGUGUGUUCAUCAGUGUUGAAUGUGUGUGAUGCGACUCUCUCCUGGUACGCAGGAAUGAGUGUAUUGUCCAGCAUCAGUGUGUGUGAUCUCAGCAUCAGUCUCUCUCUACCUCUGGAGGUGGAAUAUCAGGAUAAAAACACCUACAGCUGUGUGCUGAACAAUCCCAUCAGCAACCAGACCACACAUCUGGACAUCAACACACUCUGCCACACAUGUGCAGGUACAGCAGCACUGAUGAUAUGUGUGUGUGUUUACUGA